AUGAGGAACUGCUUAUGGAGUUUCUCCAUCUAUCACUUCGACAGAUGGGAUCAGAUGGAAAGGCAGCCCGUGGAGAUUGUGGACAAAGAGAGUCGAGCGCAACUCAUCUCAGAUGCAGCGAGUUCGCUCAAGACCCUUCUGUGCGUUACCCUUGUUGUGGCAGCUCGCGGCGCCCCGGCUCCCGAGGGACAUCCUGAUUUCGAUGGCCUGGUCGCUGCUGUUCCUGUGAGUGAGAGCAAGCCCGAGGAUAAGGUAGAUCGGCAAGUCGAUGCCAACUACGGCAAGAAAAAAGGUGUGGAUGCAAAGAGCUUCUUCGGUCCCGGUCCAGGUUUCGGGAUUGGCAACCCCAUCGGAUUUGGGCUUGGCUACGGUGGACUGGGUGGCUUGGGGGGGUUCGGGUACGGCGGAUAUGGCGGAGGUUAUGGUGGCGGGUUUGCCGGCGGUAGCCACGGUAGCUACGGUUCCUUCAAGCAAACCGGAACAUUCGGCAACUACGGAUCCUUCGGACAAGGCGGCUACGGAGGCGGUUAUGGAGGUCAUGGAGGUUUCGGUGGCUACGGACAUGGGGUCGGACUUUACUAUUAG